GAAGACCGCGUCUACUGAAUAUCAAUAUGGCGACUGUAAUUAACAAAUUCGGGUGAAUUAUACCACAUAUAUCGGUUUAUGAAUAAAUACAUUUUAAUAGUUGUACGAUAAUGCAAUUUUAUUUACUAAUUUGUAUUACAUCAAUUAUUAGUGACAUUCAAUAGUUUUUUAUGUUACCUGAAGAACAGUUCAACAUCGAGUAUUGAAAUAACAUUUGGUACAAAUAUACAUUUUUUACACUAAUCAUGGCAAUUUCAAUCAAUGAAAUUUGUGAAAAUACCAAACUGGCUCGUGAAAUGGCAUUAACUGGUAAUUAUGAUACAUCUGGAGUUUAUUACCAAGGUGUUGUACAGCAAAUCCAUCGAUUACUUGCAAGCAUCGCAGAUGCCACACGCAAAGCUAAAUGGCAACUUGUCCAACAUCAAAUUGUUCAAGAAUUUGAAAAAGUAAAGGCUACAUCUAACACCUUACAACUUUUUAAAGUAGAAACCCAUGGAGAGAGAUUAUUUGGUACUUCGUGUUUGUCAUUUGAAGAACCUACAAGAGAUCCAACCUUAUGGACAUAUAAUAAUUCAGAUACAUCUUGGAGUCAAGCUCCAGUAAGAGAUCCAGAUGUAUGGCCACCUUUAACACCAACAGAACAAAAAAACAUAAGACCAUUGAAAAAUCAACCGAAACAACAAAAUCGAACUAGCAUACGAAAAUCAGUUGCCACAGGGAAAAAACCAGACACCAAAACUGUUAAAAGAGAUGACAAAAAGAUGCCAAGAAAAGAUGAUGUAAAUAAAGAAAAAUCAGAAAACGAAAAAGUUGAUAUAGAAGUAGAAGAACGGAAAUUUGAGCCAUCUGGAAACGAUAGAGAUUUAGUAGACUUAUUAGAAAGAGAUAUUGUUCAAAAGAAUCCGAAUAUUCAUUGGGAUGAUAUAGCUGAUUUGCAUGAAGCAAAGCGAUUAUUAGAAGAAGCAGUUGUUCUUCCCAUGUGGAUGCCAGAUUUCUUUAAAGGAAUUCGUCGUCCAUGGAAAGGAGUACUUAUGGUUGGACCACCAGGUACUGGGAAAACAAUGCUUGCAAAAGCAGUAGCUACUGAAUGUGGCACAACAUUUUUUAAUGUAUCAUCUUCUACCUUGACAUCAAAGUAUAGAGGAGAGUCUGAAAAACUUGUUCGCCUUCUUUUUGAAAUGGCCAGAUUUUAUGCACCUAGCACUAUAUUCAUAGACGAAAUUGAUUCCCUAUGCUCUAGAAGAGGAUCUGAAUCUGAACAUGAAGCUUCAAGACGAGUAAAGUCUGAACUUCUAGUUCAAAUGGAUGGUAUAAGUUCAAACAGCGAAGACCCAAGUAAAGUGGUGAUGGUAUUAGCAGCAACAAAUUUUCCAUGGGAUAUUGAUGAAGCUCUUCGCAGACGUUUAGAGAAACGUAUAUAUAUACCACUACCAAAUCAUGAGGGCAGAGAAGCAUUAUUGAAAAUUAAUCUACGUGAAGUAAAAGUAGAUUUUUCUGUAAAUUUAGCAGAUAUUGCAAAGAAAUUGGAAGGUUAUUCUGGUGCAGAUAUUACAAAUGUUUGCAGAGAUGCGUCCAUGAUGUCCAUGCGAAGGAAAAUUGCAGGAUUAAAGCCAGAUCAAAUUAGACAACUGCCAAAAGAAGAAUUAGAUUUACCUGUAUCUGCUUCAGAUUUCGAUGAAGCUGUAGAAAGGUGUAAUAAGAGUGUUUCUCAAGAAGAUUUAGAGAAGUAUGAAAAAUGGAUGAGUGAAUUUGGUUCAUCCUGAUAAAAUUUUAUUUAAAAAAAAUAUAAUUACGUAACAUUUUUUUGUUCUAAUUAAAAUUGUUUAAAUUUUUCAUUUAUCAAUACUAACAUUUAAUAUACAAACGAUCACUUCUUAUGUAAAUUAAUCAGUAUCUUAAUUAAUGGUUUCUUUAAAAUGACAUUCUUUGUUGUAGUGUAUUGAUUCAUUUUUAUUUUAACAAAUUAUUUUUUUUAUAUAUCAUUUCUUUUUUAAAAUUAAAAAUUUUUAUUAACUCUGCUAACAAAAGUUUAAGAUAUGCGUACUAAAAUGCCGCUGAUUUAUAAGUAUUCAUCUAUAAAAGCUUAAAAUAAUAAAAUAUUUCUAAAACAAUUAUAUAGGUAAAUUAUUGUUUAGUAUUACUUAUUAUAAAAAAUUAACAAACUUCAUUAACUUUUUUAAAUAUUUUUUAUUAUACUUAUCACAAAAAUAAUACUUAUCUUUUUUAUCAUACAUUCUUAUAACUAAUUUUAAUAUUUCAUAUAUUACAAACUUUAAUAAAAAAUGUUUAAGUAUUUUAUUUAUAAUUCCGAGCAAAUCAAAUGAAAUUAUAAGGCUGUGUAAAAUAUGAAUAUUAAAUCAAACGAGCACUACGAAAUUUAAUUGUACAUGAUAAAUACGCUGUUAUAAUGACCUGCUUCGCUUCCAGAAAUUAUAUUCAAUUACGAUUUAUACAAAUAUAGAAUAGAAAGUAAAUAAUUAAAGUUCAGAAACGUUACUGAAACUAAUUCAGUCACUAAAUGAAAUUACAGAAUUAUUUAAAAAAUUUUGAAAAAAUAUACAAAUUACUAAAAAAGUUCUAGAUUGGGUAUUGUUUCUAAUGAACAAGAUAUAUCGGAAAUGAACGAGAUAAAGUCGAUGUCAAACAAUAUAUUAACUUCUAAUCUAAUAUAAAAACUAAUUUUUUAUUACACUUUUAUGGAACUUUUAUCAAAAAAUUAGAAAAUUUGUUUGAUCAAAAUGGAAUCAAACAAGAUGUUAUAGAAUUUUGUUUACUUAAUAAUAAUAUUGUGAAUGUAUGUUUAAACAUAAUGUCUACUUAAAUUAUAUUGUACAUUGUAUGAUAGUAGUCAUAAUUGUCAGCACAAAUUAAGGAUAUUAUAUAAGAAAAAAAUGUAGUAUGAAACAUAUUGUAUUAAACAAGUGAUAUCUUAUGGUAAAACAUUUGUACUGUCAAAAAUAUUAAAAAAUUAAUAAAGUAAAACCACUAACUGUAAAUGAAUGUAUCUCGAAAUAUAUGUAUAUCAUUCAAAUAAAAUAAAAGCAAC